AUGCAGCAGAAGCCCGACGACGCCAUGGAGGAGGCGGCCGAGGCGGCGCCCAAGGAAGCAGCGGUUACAGGGCCGGAGCUAGGGUUCUGGCUGGCGGCACGGCGGCGGCUCGCCCCCGACGACCCGUUCUUCGCCGCUGGGGACCUCGAGCGCGAGCUCCUGGCCAAGCACCUUGCCCUGGAUCUCUCUGAAGAUGACCGCAACCAGCUUGAGAAGAUGGAAGUAGCCAGCACGUGCACAGUGUUUUGCCCAAUUGCCGGUUGUGGUGCCCAUCUAGGUUGUCUGGAGGAGUUUGAGGACCACUAUGUCACUCGCCAUACUGCUUCAUGCUCUGUAUGUUCACGAGUUUAUCCAACUUCGAGGUUGCUGAGCAUCCAUGUUUCUGAGACACACGACUCGUAUUUCCAAGCAAAAGUUGCCCGUGGUUUUCCAAUGUAUGAGUGUUUGGUGGAGGGUUGUGGCAUGAAAUUGAAGAGUUACAAGAGUCGGCAGCAGCAUCUCAUUGAUAAGCAUCAAUUUCCCAAAUCAUUUGAGUUCUUCAAAAAGGCGCGGGCCUCCCAACGUCAGCGGCAAAAGUCCCAGAGGAGGCAGACUGCUCACAAGGGUGAAGAGACAAGGGACAAUUCAAUGGACGUCGAUGGAAAAGGUGCAAGGCAAACAAACUGGAGGCAUCGGCCGAAGCAACAUGCUCAUAAUGAUUUGAAAGAGAGCAAGCAGCAGCAUAAGGAGGCCAAGGAGAACGAAAUGGAUGUCGAACAGAAGAUUGAUGACCUCACCUCUGCUGUAUCGAAGUUGAGCACAGCAGAUUCUACGCCUGCAAGCGUAACCUUUGGCCACCGUCGCUCUCGUGGCCUUACCUUUGUGCCAAGGUCAAUCAGGCAGAACAAGCAGGCUGCCUCCCAGCUGGAAGCAACAAAUGACUAA